ACAACAUCUGUGAAAGUUCAUGUAAAUUAUUCACAUAUUUUCCGUAUCCUCCUCCAGUAACGACGGCAGUGAUGAUGAGGAUGAUGAUGAUGCGGGCUCAGCCGCCUGUGGUGCUACUUGCUGUUGUUGGGGUGCUGGCUUGUCUGCCAGCCACCUCCCUGGCCUACGACAAUGGCGUUGCCCUGAAGCCAGCCAUGGGCUGGAACACUUGGUGCACCCUCAGUGACUGCCACAACGGCGACAACAAGUACUUUGACCGAUGCAACGAGUGGGAGAUCCGCGACAUUGCCGAGGCCAUGCUGACCAACGGCAUGUACGACCUCGGCUACCGCUACAUCAACCUUGACGACUGCUGGGCCGCCACGGAGCGUGACGCCCAAGGCAACAUCCAGCCAGACCCCGACCGCUUUCCCUCCGGCAUGCGGGCCAUGGCCGACUGGCUGCACAAGAAGGGCCUCAAGUUUGGGCUGUAUACGAGCAUGGGCUCUGCCACGUGCAACCGCGGCGGCCGCCCCAAGGACAUCCCAGGCUCCUUUGGCCACUACAAGGAGGACGCAGCAACCUUCGCCUCGUGGCACAUGGACUACGUGAAGGUGGACUGGUGCGGGCACGACCUGUUCGACUCGAAGCUGCAGCACACAGAGCUGUCAAAUGCGCUGAAUGCCACGGGCCGGCCCAUCUGGCUCGAGCUCUGCCGCGGCUACUCGUACGACCCCAUCCCGCCAUACGUCGCCGAGGUUGCCCAGAGCUGGCGUGCAACCGGUGACCACCAGGACGAGUGGAGCAACAGCAAGACGGUCAUCCAAGCGUUUAUGAACCCGUCCAACCCUUCCGUGCCCCACGCAUGGAACUACGGCGACUUCCUGAUGACGGGCGGUCCCGGGUGCAACGUCAACGCGUCCCUGCACUGCCCGCGCCAGACAGACGACGAAUACCGCACCACGUUCAGCGUGUGGUCGAUUGCGUCCUCGCCGCUGAUUGUUGCCACGGACAUUCGCAACAUGACCGCAAUCAUGACGGAGUGUCUUCUCAACAAGGAGGCCAUCGCCAUCAACCAGGACUACACGUCCGCCGCCGGAAAACUCAUCGGAUCUGACACCCGGGAUCCCGUGUGCGCGUCUGGCGGCGACGGCGAUGCGCCCACCUGCCCCGUCUUUGGCCGCAAGCUCUCCGACGGCACAUACGCAGCCGUCCUCAUCAACCUCGCAGACUCAGGGCGGGCGAAUGUGACGAUGGACCUUGGUUGGCUCGGCCUGCCCUCCUCCGCCACCGUCACCGUCAACAACAUCCUCAAGCAGCGCAGCAUGGGCACCGCCAAGGGCACGCUCACCGUCCCGCUCAGCCCGCACGAGAGCGUGUACGUGCGCCUCACCCGCACCACCACCACGCGCAACGACACGUCCAGCGCUGAUGGUGUUGUCACUGCGCGCGUGCACACGAGCGGUGAGCAGCAAGGGCCUGUCACCAUGGUCCUCGACCGCAACAACUGAGCGCUGCCCCCCGUGUGUGGCAAUACGCACUUGUGGCCUCUGCGAAUGCACGUGCGUGUGUGCAUGUGUGUUUGCUUGUUGUGUAUUUGUGUUUGCUUGUUGUUUGUUGGCGCUGCAGCAUGGGUUCAAACUUGCUCUUGAGUUUUGGUUUCGUUCAAUGCUCCCUUAAAGCCCCUACAACGCACCA